CCUAGCGACGGAGGAGGAAGGUUACCCGGACAGCAAACCCCGUUGCCUUGGCGACCCCCCGUUGCUAACCCCGGCAGCAUCGGGUACCACUGGGGGGGGGUCGGAGCAGCGCUGGAGGCCGGGGACACCCCAAGGCGGCGAGAUGACACCCCUACCUCAUACCUCCCGCAGUGGCCGAGGAGCAGACAGAAACCUCUUCCCCGUGCAAAGUCCGGAGGGAAACUGAGGCACACGGCGGCAAAAGACGACGGCAGCUUCCCCCUUCGUCCCAGCUGCUUUCGCGGGGGUGGGGAUAGGGAGCGGACACGACCGUCUCCUGAUCCUCGUGUGUCGAUGCCUGUGGGCUAGCAACAGGCAGCUGCGCCGGCCCAGGUCAAGCCGCCCCGGGGCCUCGGAGGAGAGCAGGGUCUUCUGGCAGGGCCCCCUUCUGGGGCGAACACCCUCUCUCCGCACCUGCCGGCCUGCCCCGGCUCCCCCCCAGCCGCAGCCAGGGCUGAGGCAGCCGGCCCCCGGGGGUCACGGGGUUCCCCUCCCCAGCGGGCAGAGACCCCGGUUUGGUCCCCGAGUGCACCAUGGGCGGGGCUGGGCCCCAGCUCCAGCACUGGGGGGCUGAGAAAAGUGAAGCCUGCGGAAUCAGCUGCAGUGCCCACCAGAGCCCCCACCGGGCCCCUGAACCCCCAAUCCCGGCAGCAGAGACGGCACCGGUGGCUGGAGUGAACGUGGUGGUGGUGGUGGAUGGGAGCUGUAUCCUCCAAUACACUCAUCGGGACUCCCCCUGCCGUUGUCUCCGCCGUGGGGACGCCCAGCUGGCCCGCCGGCCUCCCCCCUGCUAUGGGGCCGCUGCCCCCUGCAGCCCCCCUGCUGCUGGGCCCCCUCUCUCCCGCCGGGCCCGGGGCCUGGGGGUCCGCUGCUGCGCUGAGUUUUGCCUGGGGGAGGAAGAGGAGCGGGCGGAGCGGAGACCCUGCCACCCGGGAGCGCCCCCCCGCCGUGCCCCGCCGCCCGGCCGGCUGACACCAGUGCCCCUGCCCCGCAGCGCCACGGGGCCCUGGUUUACGGUGGAGGCGCCAGAGGACGGUGGACCCGGGGCCCAGGUGGCCAGGAUCUGGGACCGGGGGCGCUGCCCCCUGCUGGAGGAGGGCGACCUCGUGGCCAAGGUGAACGGGGCUGACGUGAGGGGCCUCGGGCCCCAGGAGGUGGAGAAUGUCCUGCAGCAGCACACGCGGGCCGGGGACGUCAUCCUGCUGGUGGAGCGGAGAGGUCCUGGACUCCGCCAGCCCCCCCUGGAGCCCUUGUUCUCCAUCCCCUCCCCCUGCCGGGAUCCCCCCCAGGCGGGGGGGCCCCGGGGCUCUUGGGGGGGUCCCAGCGGGGAUACUCUGGCCGUCACCAGCUUUGUGGGGCCCGAACCCAGGGACGUGCUGCUGUGCCCGGCCCGCUGUCGUGGGGGGGAGGCCCGGAGGCCGCGACGCCCCCAGCCCGCGGGGGGCCCCGGGGAGCUGGGGGGCAGCAUGGCCCCAGACAGCGCCGGGAGAGCAGCAGACAGGCUGGUACCUGGGCCCAGCAGCGACCCCCCCGGCGGGAAGCAUCCGGAAGACGGGGGGCUUCUGGCUCGGUUCUCCCACCCUGAACUCGGGGGCCUCUUUCGCCAGGUGGGGGCCAAGGUCCGGCUGCGAAUGCUGCCCCCCCUCAGGGACAUGGCUGCCUCCAGCGAUCUGGACGGGGCCGACAUCCAGGUGGAGGAAGGAGCCGGGAGGCCGGGGUGCCGGCUGCCCCAGCCACAGUGUCUGUCAGCCCCCCGGGACCCCCCCAGCUACUCGGUGGAGCUGCUGCGUGGCCCCCUCGGCUUCGGGUUCAGCCUGCGGGGGGGCAGCGAAUACAACAUGGACAUCUACGUGCUGGGGCUGCUGGAGGGGGGGCCGGCCCAGCAGAGCGGCAAGAUACAGGUCAGUGACCAGCUGCUGGAGAUCAAUGGGGAGCCCACGCUGGGCAUGACGCACGCCCGGGCCGUGGAGCAGAUCCGCCGGGGGGGCAGCCGCAUCUGCCUGGUGCUCAGGAAAGGCGACGGCUUCGUCCCCGACUACGUGUCCGUGUGCGCCCCACAGCAACUCCGCUCUGCAGCCUGGCGCUGUGCGUCACCAACUCCCGGCGGGGGGAGCCCUGCUUCUGCCUCGUGGGACGGCUGGAGCGUGACUGACCGUGAGCACAUCCCCAACCCCGCCGGACGGGACCGGAUGCCAGAGGGUGGACCGGCACCACACGGCUGGAGAGCAGACACAGCCGAGAGGUCUCCGCGCUGGGGACGGGAUGCCAGGGGCUGCCUGGAGGCUUCUCCCAGCAGUGCCGAGCGAGGAUCCCACCGCUGCCACCAACACGGGUUCCGGGACCGUCGGGGCGCAGAGCAGGGCUGGCCAGCAUCGGGGACGGAGGCGGAGGCCAGGAAGGGAGAGAGCGGGUCCCUCUCCCCACAGAGGGAGCAGGUCUGGAGGGGCCUCUCGGAACCAGCCCCCGGGCCCUGGCUGGUGCCCAGCAAGGAGCGCCUCUCCCGAGCCCUGAGGGGUGUCUGCAUGGGAGAGGGGGAGGACGAUGAAGGGGGCAGCUUGGGGCAGGGCAAAGGCAGAGAGGUGAGGUGGAGGACCUAGUCCAGCCCCGCCCAGAGCAGGAUGUUCUCAGUGCCUGGGAGAAUCCACCCACCCCUCAUCUGGAUGUGCAAUGGUACCUUCCAUUCUCAUCUCCACCUCUUCAACCAGGGCCCAGCUAUGUAGUGGUACCCUCCACUCUUGUUCCCCUCCCCAUUUUGAUUAAGGGUACUGUCUAAUCUACUCACAGUGGUACCUGCCAUUUCCUCCCCCCCAAUCAGCUAUGCAGUGGUAUCAUCCUCUCCUGUCCCCCACCCUCUGGGCUGUGAAAUGGUACCUUCAGUUCAUCUUGUGCGUGUCUCCCCCCCCCCAACCAUGCAAUGAAUGGUACUUUCCUAUCUCCCCUCCCCCAUUCACAAUCUGUACUCAUACCUUCUACUCUGCUGGUACCUUUCCCCCCCACCGGUCUGUGCAAUGGUGCUGUCCACUGGUGCCCUCUUUGGCAAUGGUAUUGGCCACUUGUAAUUUUGCAUCCCCCAUGUCAGGAUUGCAAUGGUACUGUCCACUCUACCUUGCCAACAUUCCACAGAGCCACACGUGGACUGACCCAUUCCAUGGAAGGGGAGGAAACUGAGCCAAUCCAUUCCAUGGGGGGGGACUAUCCCUGAAUAGAGCAAUGUCAGAUGGACUGAUCCAUAAGGGGUGGGAGCCACCACAUGUGGCUUGAUCCACUCCAUGUAUGGGUGUGUGGGGGGAAAUGGACCCAACCAUUCCCUUGAGGUGGGGGAAGGAUAUCAUCAAGGGCCAAACCAUUUCAUAGAGCAGGGGGAAUAGACCAAUCCAUUGCAGGCUCACAUUUGGACUGAUCCAUUCUGUGCAGCAGUGGGGGGGGGGGAAUCACAGACCUAUUCCAUGGAGGGGGGCAGAAUGGUUCGAGGUGGGGGGAGAUGGGAAAUGGUUGGUUCUGCUCCAGAAGGGGUCCUCCUUCCCCAGGGGAUGGGAGGGGUGGAGGGGUCGCGGUCUCGCAUUAAGAUGCUGCAGUUGCCUUGGUUUCUGUCUCCAUGGGGACAGUGUUUAUUUAAAAUGAACAGAAACUCUCCUACCGGCAACGAAUAAAAAGGAAAAAACCCAAAGGGGUUUGUGGUUGUGUCGCCUGAGUCAUUUCAGUAGCACAAAGGGCAU